AUGACUCAAGAAGAAAACAGCCCGCUCAGUCGCGCCAUUAGGACAGGCGAUGUAGACACCCUCCGCCGGUUAUUGGAUGGAGGUGCGAAACCCAGUGACGACGAUAUCAGCGAAGCCCAGAACGGAGAAUUUCCAGAAGUCUGCAAGGUCCUCAUCACAGCCGGCUUUCUGGACAUCAACGAUGACUUCGAGUCCGCCGGUGACUUACUGAUCAACAUGGUCUGGGAGCUCAAGGUUGAUUUUGUCCGCUGGCUACUCGAACAUGGCGCAGAUCCCAACUCUGGCCAUCUGAUGGCCGAUAGUACAAGCGCCCUCUGUGCUGCCGCCGAGCGAGGCCACCUCCCCCUCGCGACCAUGCUUCUCGAGCACGGCGCACACGUGUCCGGAACGGCGGCACUCCCCGGAGCUGCAGGCCGCGGUCAUCUGGAAAUGGUACGCUUCCUGCUCGAGCGGGGAGCAGCUAUCGACGAGGUUGGGGUGCACGAUUUUGGAGACCGGCGGAAGAAGAUCCAAGAGGGUACGGCGCUGCAUAAGGCUGCUGAGAGGGGAGAUAUUGAAAUAGCGCGAGUGUUACUGGAUCAGGGUGCUGGGAUUGAGGUUCGAGAUCCAUUUGAUAGGACACCUUUGAUGAGGGCGAGUGAGAAGGGGCGGGAUGAGAUGAUUGAGUUCUUGAAGUCUAGGGGUGCAAAAGUCUAA